UUUUGCCUUUUUUACCUUAAUUUUUCUGCUUCUUUGGAAAUCGCUUUCCUUAUUUCAUACAAAUUCAACCCAUGUAUUACCGAUCCUCUCUGAUCCUCACGAAGCGACUUUCACGUUCGGUUAACGCUUUCAGACCAUUGAUACUCAAUACCCGCCAUUAUUCCGUGGGUGGGGUCGUGCCGGCCGCCGUGGAAGACGUUGCAACCCCUAGAACAGAUAUUUCGUUGGCGACGUCUCCGUAUUACAAUCAAGGCACGGUGUUGUGUCAUCAGGCGCGGGACGCUUAUGGCCUAGCCGGAUUUCAACCUGCGGGUGUCGAGACGCUGGACGUUCAGAAACAACGUGCCCUCAAGCAAUUGCGCGCCAAGCAAACCCCGCUUGAUAAAUAUGUGUUUUUAGCUCAAUUGCGGAAUUCCAAUACGCGACUGUUUUACAAGGUCGUGGGCGAUCAUUUAGAGGAAAUUGCACCCAUCAUUUAUACCCCGACGGUCGGUCAAGCCUGUCAAGAAUACUCCAACAUCUAUCCAUUUUUGGCCCCUCCAGGUGCAGCAGAUGGAUUGUAUUUAACGAUCAAUGACUUACCACACAUCCGAUCGAUUAUUCAAAACUAUCGCAAGAACUCUCCCGAAGCACCUGUGAUUUCGGUCGUUACCGAUGGGUCCCGUAUUCUCGGUCUGGGCGAUUUGGGUAUGGGCGGAUUGGGUAUCUCAAUUGGCAAGUUGCAGUUGUACGUUGCCGGCGCAGGUAUCGAUCCUCGCAAAACACUGCCUAUUGUGCUGGAUUUUGGCACCGACAAUGAAAAGUACCUUAACGAUCCUUUCUACCUCGGUCUCAAACAGAAACGUCCUUCGGACAAGGAGUUUUAUGCGGCAAUGGAUCAAGUGAUGGAGGCAUUAUACGAUGUGUAUCCUGAAAUGUUGGUACAAUUCGAAGAUUUCUCCUCGGCGCAUGCUUUUGGCCUCCUUGAAAAGUACCAGAACCAGAGAUUAUGCUUCAAUGACGAUAUUCAGGGUACCGGUGCUGUUAUUUUAGCCGGGUUCAUCAACGCCAUUCGUAUUGCCCAAGAGAAAGCCAAUGUAGAUCCCCAUGAUCAUCGCAUUGUCUUUUUCGGUGCAGGCUCGUCGGCUAUUGGUGUGGGCAAAUUGAUCUUGGGUCACUUUAUGCGUCAGUAUGGUCUGUCCCAGGACGAAGCGAAAAAGAUGUUUUACUUUGUUGACAGCAAAGGACUCAUCACCUCGGAUCGUGGUGAUAAACUGGCUCAACACAAGGUGUUCUUUGCUCGAUCUGACAACAAUCAGGCUCAGUUCAAGUCCUUGGGGCAAGUCAUUGAUCACGUCCGACCUACAGCACUCAUUGGUCUUUCAGCUCAAUCGCAAGCAUUCACGCCCGAAGUUCUUGACAAGAUGGCGAAACAGAACAAGCUACCUAUUGUGUUCCCGCUAUCGAACCCCAUGACCAACGCCGAGUGCACGUUUGAACAAGCCAUGCAGUUCACGGACCAUCGCGUGCUCUUCGCCUCUGGCACCGCGUUUCCUCCCUAUCAAAUGCCUUCAGGCGAAAUUGUAAAAGCUGGUCAGGGUAAUAACAUGUACGUGUUCCCUGGUUUAGGACUCGGGUCUAUUCUUGCCAAAACAGCCAUUGUGUCCGAUGACAUGAUUUACGAAGCGGCCAAAAGUUUGGCUCAGUCACUCAAGCCUCAAGAAAUUCAACAAGGGCACCUGUACCCUGAUUUGGAUCGUAUUCGUGAAGUGUCCGCCAAAGUCGCCGCCGCCGUGUGCCGUCAAGCGAUCGCGGAAAAUGUCGCGCGGGAUCCCCGUCUUAUUGCCCUGGCCAAAACCAGUACCAACAACCAAGAGUUGGAACAAAACUUGUUGACAUUUGUACGCUCAAAUAUGUGGGAUCCCAAUCACUCCGAGCUGUUUGAUGCUCCUGUUGACACGGUAUAGAUCUCACCUUAAUCUCUUAAUACAUUGUUCUUGUUUGAUAGCAAAUCCAUUUUUUUUCCUCCUAUACUAUCAGACACCCCUUCCCCUUUUCUCACUCUACACAGCAUCAGAAAAUACAAGCAUCCAUUUCUUUUUCCUGACAUGAUAAGUGAUACUCCUCGUUUUCGCACCCUCAAAGUUUGUAUUUUUCGCCAGGUGGCAUUGUGUUUUGUUUGC